AUGUCGAAUGUACCACUGGUAAGGAAAGCGAUCGUGGGUGCAUCAUUGGCCCAUGCAACGCCGUCGACUGAUCCAAAUCCGUUGGAGCUAACUCCAAACGAGAACCAGUGGACUCCAGCGGCGUUAGAGAGGGCUGGCUCGACCCUGAAAGCUCUAAAUCGCAUGGCGAAACGCCCGCCCAUCCAUAUACUGUUUGAGGACAUCGGAUUCACUGUAUCCACGCAUAAAGACGAGCGCCAGAUACUGCGCAACGUGUCGGGCGAGUUCCGCUCUGGGGAGCUGACGUGCAUCCUCGGUCCAUCAGGCGCCGGCAAGUCGACACUGCUCAACAUAUUGGCUGGGUACACUGCAAAAGGCGUGAACGGCCGCAUUACGGUAAACGGGCACCCUCGCGAAAUGCGCGUGUUCAAGAAACUUAGCACCUACAUAAUGCAAGACGACUUGCUCCAGCCGCGCCUCACCGUCUCCGAGUCAAUGAGGGUCGCUGCCGACCUUAAAUUGGGAAAGGAGUUAGGGAAGGCGGAGAAAGAGCUAAUUGUGGAAGAAAUCCUACAGACACUAGGACUGUGGGACCACAGGAACACCAAAUCCGAACGCUUAUCCGGAGGGCAGUAUAAACGACUGUCUAUUGCCCUAGAACUCGUCAACAACCCACCAAUUAUAUUCUUGGAUGAACCUACUACUGGCUUAGACGUCGUGUCAAUAAGGCAGCUCGUGGUGCUUCUUCGGUUGCUCUCACGCCAAGGUCGUACUAUUAUUUGCACCAUCCAUCAACCUUCUGCCUCCCUAUUCUCUUUGUUCGACCGUGUAUACAUCGUCUCUAGGGGCAUGUGUUGCUAUCAGGGUGCAGCUCCACUUCUCGUUCCGUUUCUUACCGAAAUCGGCCACAUAUGUCCAUCUACGCACAACCCUGCCGACUUUGUGUUGGAGACUCUCGCCAGCGAUCCCGAGGCGUCCGCCCAGAUGUCGGAACUGUGUCAGAAUGGAAAACUCUGUCGAAAGUUGGACAGAAUGACGUUAAGAGGUGGGAGGAAGCCAGUUCUUCAUUCGGAUGAUUCUAUCCAAAGAAUCUUCGUUGAGCACGUUGCUAAAGAACAGAUGCAGAAAAUGGAAUUUCCCACGACCUUCCUCACUCAGUUCAUGAUUUUAACUAAACGGAUGUUCAUGCAGAGCACAAGGGACUCGGUAACAUUGUGGAUUCAGUUAGCGCAUCACGUGGUGUCUGCAGUGCUGAUCGGCAGUAUUUUCUUCCUCGUGGGAAACGAUGCCGCCAAGCCGAUAGUUAAUUACAAGUUCUGCAUAAGUGUCCUGGUGUUCUUCAUGUAUACUCAUGUCAUGAUACCCGUGUUACUAUUUCCUAUGGAAGUACGACUAUUACGUCGCGAAUACUUUAACCGCUGGUACGGUCUGAAAGCAUAUUACGCGGCGUUAACAUUCGCAUCGCUUCCUGGAAUGAUAAUGUUUGGUUUAGUGUUCCUGGCCAUUGUGUAUUUGAUGUCGGGUCAAAUACUCGAAUGGGAUCGUUUCGCUUUGUUUGUGAUUUGCGGAAUAUUAAUUGGCGUAUGCUCCGAGGGUCUCGGACUAGUUGUGGGCUCUGCAUUCAAUUCUACCAAUGGCUCAAUCAUAGGUCCAGCCAUGGUAUCACCGCUGCUAGUGUUGUGUUGCUACGGGAUGGGUUUCGGACCAUACAUAGAAGACAGAAUGAAAAUCUUAAUUAUCACGUCGUUGGGAGCCUUUUUGAGCCAAUGGAAUGAC